UAAAAAUUUUUUAGAGAGUAUAUUUUCCAAGGGUACAAUGGCAAAGUAUUUAUCAUACUUUGUGAAUAUAUAUACCAUUCAUAAUGUUGCAAAGCAUUGUGCUUUGAAACAUGUUAGAAAGAUAUCUAAUUGUAACAGAUACUAUAGUUCUGCUUUACUCGUUCCUGGCGAUAAACGUUCAGAAACAUUUGUAUUUUUGACACCAUGUCUGGAUUUUGAUAAUAUAGUGGAAAAUACGGAAAAAUUACAACAGGAGUUAAGCGGUAGAGGAUUAAACAUUAAUGCUGAUGAUGUUAAAAAGAUGUGGAUGUUUUAUAAAUCGGUAAAUGCUGAUAAAAUUAAAUUACAAGCAAGGUAUGAAGAAUUGAUACAUAAGCAGAAAAAGUUUUUUGGAAAGACAAAUUUAACUGCAGAAGAGCAGAUAGAAUCCAUUAAAUUAAAAGAGCAAACUAAAGUUGUGAAAAAUGACUUAAAGUCAGUUAAGAGUAUCAUAUCUGAUUUACAAGAAACUGUUUUAUUGAAGAUGUUGCAUUUACCAAAUGAAGUAGACAGAAGAACACCGCUUGAAGCACCUGUGGUGUUAAAACAUGUUAAUACAUUGAAUGAAUACUCAGAUUCAAAACUUCGGAAGAAUCAUGUUGAAAUUGGAAAAGAACUUGGUUUGUUGGAAUAUAAAAAUCCUAUGCAAUAUUACUUAUGCAAUGAAGCAGCUCUUUUUGAGCUUGGUGUAUUAAGCUAUGCAGGGAAAGUAUUUAGUGCAAAUGAUAUGAUUAGAGUGGCAGGCGCUGAUUUUAGUCGCAGUGUGGUAGUGGAAGGUUCUGGCUUAAAUCACGAAGAUCCUUCUGAUGCUUUUAUAAUAGAUGAUCAUUGCGAUGUAAACAAAGGUUCAUCGAAUCGCAUGCAUCUCGUUGGUGGUGCAAGUUUGAUUUCAUUUUUAGCCAUGCAUACGAAGCAAUUAAUAAAUCCAAACCACUUACCAGUAUCAUAUUUUUCAACUGGAAGACAGUAUACUCCUUUUCGUCCAGGCUCCGCAUCAAUUGGUUUAUUCACUGUUUGUCAAACAUCAGCUGCGGUUGCUUUCGUGGUGGUUAAAGAUAAAAAUAGCGAAGAAUAUCAGACGCAAUUUGAAAAAUUAUUCAACACCGUUUCUACAUUGUACGGUAACAUAUGCGAUCAUUAUCAAAUUGUUAUGAGACCUGCUUCAGAAUUGCGACCAUGGGAAUCGAUGCGCGUAUCUUUUGAAUUAUGGUCUUCCUUCUCGAAACAGUACAUAGAAGUUGGUCAUAUUUCAGCGUGCGGAGAUUAUUUCAGCAAGAGGUUGCUGAUUGCGUAUCAGACACCAACUGGACGAGACUUUCCAUCUGUAAUAUCUGGCACAGUAUUGUCAGUACCGCGUCUUUUGGGUUGCCUGUUGGAACAAAAUCCAGAGAAAUUUAUUAUUCCAUCAAAAAUUCGAGAACACAUGCCUGAUUAUAUUUCGUCUUAAAUUUAGAAAAUGAAUUUGUCAUCUCAUCGUCAUUUUGUUGUUUCUGAAAUUGUACAGAACUUUAUGUACACAUUUUGUUAGAAUAAACAUUAGUGAUUUUACAAAUGAA